CUACCCACAUUUCACUGUUUUUCGUUAUGACGACAGAUACACCAGUGCCACUUGGCUUGGAUAUCGAGAGCACGCACAGCGGCGACCCCAAGCAGACGAAACAGAUAGUCGAGCCAGCGUCGAUACGCCGACAGGUUGGCCGCAGUGUGUUAACGCUGGGUGAUGAAGGAUACUUGCUGCGCAGCAUCGACACUCCGGACAGAACACUGCUGGUCAGGUUCAACGGUUCGGUGCUAGCAAAGGGUAUGUGUAAUGUAGCAAGGGCGGUCCAGCACUAGCAUAUGGCGAAACUGCAUCUUGUGCCUGGUCUAAAUGCUGUUGUUUGCACACGAGCCACGUAGAUGAUGGCACCCACACUCCUUCAGAGGCAUUGACGAGGGAUAGCAGCGAAGGUGCAAGCGAGGACACAAAGAGGUCGAUUGAGGUCCACGGCGUGGCAGGCAUUUUCGGCCUAGAACUCUUCAGAUACUUGCUGGUGAUUACCAGCAGUCGAGACCGUGGCAGUAUUGACGGAAGCACCAUAUAUGAAGCAACCAAGGUCGUUGCGCUGCCGCUUGACUACGACAGCGGCGCAAAGCACAUUGACAGAAUUCUUCGGGCGGCCAGCAAGGAACAACUGAAGCAGCACGAACGCACAGCAAGUGAUACUGGUACGCCUGCAUCUGGGAUUAUGUCGCCAGAGGAGACGCCAGACCCCGAUAGCUCGAGUAGCGCGAAUCC